AUGGUCAUCAACCCCACCUACCUCGCUCAGCGCACGCGCUCAUCGGUCAACUGGACUGAUGCGAAGAAGAGGGUCAUUCACAGCUACCGGGACUGGCUGCGGUCGGCUCCCGAAAUCCAGACCAUGUACUCGCUGAACUUGCCUGUAUCCACGCUUCGGACGAAAAUGCGGCAGGAGUUCGAGCGGCAUCGAUACGUGAAUCAACUAAAGACGGUAGAUGUACUGCUGUUCAACAGUCAUCAGGAGUUCCAAGAAACGCUCAACUUCUGGAAGCAACUGUCGCACGUUCUCAAGUACUUCCGUGCCGAGGAGGAACCCAAGGCCCGGCUACAAAGCAACUUCAUCAACGGCUUCCUGGAGGGUCGCAACUGA